AUGGUGACCGCCGGUCUCGGCGGCCGGCUGGGCAACGUGCUGGCCGAGUACGCCACGCUCUGGGGCUACGCGCGCCGCUUCGGUCUGCGCGCCUGCCUGCCGCCGCUACCGGCCUUCUGCGACGUCCGCUUCCUGCAGUGCACCAUGCGCCGCGGCAACUGCCGCCGCCUGCCGCGCAAGGCGGCGCGCAACAUCUGGAUCGAGCGCUACGCUAACGUGCCGUUGCUCUACGACGCGUACCGGCUCGAGCUGCGCCGCGAGCUGCAGCUGCCGGCGGCGGUACGCCGCGAGGCCGCGCUGACGCUCCGUCGGCUCCGACGCGGCCUCGUCGGCAACGUCACCGUCGUCGGCGUGCACGUGCGGCGGACCGACUACGACGCGUGGCUGCAGCGGCGCGUGCGCGGACGUCUGCUCGGGCCUGGCUACUUCCGCCGUGCCAUGGACCUCCUCCGGCGCCGCCAUGGCCGCUGUCUGUUCGUCGUCGUGAGCGACGACAUGCGCUGGUGCGAGGAGCACCUCCUCGCGGGGGACGUGCGGAUGGCGGGGAGCGGGAACGUUGGCAGCCCCGUGUCCGACAUGGCGCUGCUGGGGGCGUGCGACCACGCCGUGCUCUCGUACGGCACGUUCGGCUUCUUCGCGGCCUACCUCUCCGGCGGGGAAAUGGUAGUGCCGGCGAACUUCAGCGAGAUGGAGCUGCCGUUGACUGAGCAGCUCAAGCAUGUGAAAAACUUGCCGAUCACUUUCAUUAAUAUGAACCAAACGAAUAAAUAAAGGCCGUUUGGCGAGGUGCUGUUGGUCCCGGGAGCACGUGUUUCGUUGAGCUUCCUCAAUUUUCUAAAGUAGCUCUGCUUGAUGCGUUUCCUGGAGAUGCAUGGGUGUGCAGGACUUCUGCACCUACCUGCCGGCCAGUGUGUGCUGUUCCUAACUUAUGAAGUAACAUGUGAA